AUGAGCAGUGAGGAUAUGAGCAGUGGGGAUAUGAGCAGUGGGGAUAUGAGCAGUGGGGAUAUGAGCAGUGGGGAUAUGAGCAGUGGGGAUAUGAGCAGUGGGGAUAUGAGCAGUGGGGAUAUGAGCAGUGGGGAUAUGAGCAGUGAGGAUAUGAGCAGUGGGGAUAUGAGCAGUGGGGAUAUGAGCAGUGGGGAUAUGAGCAGUGGGGAUAUGAGCAGUGGGGAUAUGAGCAGUGGGGAUAUGAGCAGUGGGGAUAUGAGCAGUGGGGAUAUGAGCAGUGGGGAUAUGAGCAGUGGGGAUAUGAGCAGUGGGGAUAUGAGCAGUGGGGAUAUGAGCAGUGGGGAUAUGAGCAGUGAGGAUAUGAGCAGUGGGGAUAUGAGCAGUGGGGAUAUGAGCAGUGGGGAUAUGAGCAGUGGGGAUAUGAGCAGUGGGGAUAUGAGCAGUGGGGAUAUGAGCAGUGAUGAUAUGAGCAGUGGGGAUAUGAGCAGUGAGGAUAUGAGCAGUGGGGAUAUGAGCAGUGGGGAUAUGAGCAGUGAGGAUAUGAGCAGUGAUGAUAUGAGCAGUGGGGAUAUGAGCAGUGAGGAUAUGAGCAGUGGGGAUAUGAGCAGUGGGGAUAUGAGCAGUGAGGAUAUGAGCAGUGAGGAUAUGAGCAGUGGGGAUAUGAGCAGUGGGGAUAUGAGCAGUGGGGAUAUGAGCAGUGAGGAUAUGAGCAGUGGGGAUAUGAGCAGUGGGGAUAUGAGCAGUGGGGAUAUGAGCAGUGGGGAUAUGAGCAGUGAUGAUAUGAGCAGUGGGGAUAUGAGCAGUGGGGAUAUGAGCAAUGACAAGUUCUCCUGGCAACGAUCACACAAAGCACCACCAUCAAAGCAGAAAGGGUAUGGGGAGGACGGUUCAAAGAUGUAA